AUGUCAAAGGGUCCUGUCGUGAUAGGCUCUACGCAGCAGUUCGAUGCGCUCCUCAAGUCGUCGCGCAUCGUCGUCGCUGACUUCUACGCCGACUGGUGCGGUCCUUGCAAGCAGAUCGCCCCCCUUUACGCAUCACUCUCGAACGAACUAUCCCGCGAAAACAUCCUGACCUUUGUCAAGAUCAACAGCGAAGAACAGGGAGAGCUGUCUGAGAGAUACCAGGUGUCCGCCCUACCAACCUUCCUCCUCUUCCUGGACGGAAAGCAGAUCGACAAGGUCCAGGGCGCCAAUCCUCCCAAGCUCCAAGCCAUGGUUCAGAAGCUGGCGGCCGAGGUGGACUCGCUCGGCGAAAGCGGCGCCGCCUCUAGCAGCGGAGGCAAUUGGAAGGGCGCCGAGAUCCCUCGAGGCUACAGCGACAUCACAGACCAAAUAGAGGUUCGAGAUCUCGAGGUCCUCAACGCAGAUGAGGAGAGCGGUUCCGUCAGGGUUCUGUUUGAGGGGAGCAAGCCCAGCGGACUGAGCAAUGGCAAGGGAACGGCCAAGGAUUUUGUCCAGAGCGGCGCCGACGACCAGCUGCUCCUGUUCAUUCCCUUCCAGUCGACCGUCAAGCUUCACACCCUCCAGGCAAGUUGCGCCGUAUUUUUUUACUGGACUACCACUCUAACCAAUGCGCAGCUUACUUCGCUUCCCCCCAAAGACGACGAGGAUGCGCCAAUGCGACCAGGAAUCAUCCACCUGUACAUCAACCGUCCCCACAACCUCGACUUCAGCGAGGCCGACGAGACCGAGCCCACACAGAUCAUCGACAUCCCUGCCGAGGACUGGAACGCCGACGGAACGGUCAAUGUUGGACUGCGCUUUGUCAAGUUCACAAAGACGUCAACCCUAAUCGUCUACGUCCAGCAGGGCGAGGGUGAUGGCGAGACCGUCCGGCUUGAUCGGGUGAAGCUCAUUGGCGAGGCUGGAGCCAAGCGCGAGAUGGGUAAGCUGCAGAAGGUUGGAGAAGACGAGUAA